UUGGGAGGCUUAUUCAGCAUCGCUGAUCCCGCAGCAGAUCGCUCAGCUCUGUGCCAAGCCGACUACCUUCCACUCUCGGCUUAGCGCAAGGCUGGCACCGUUCAAGAAGGGCGAUCAACCUCCACCGCGGACAUAGCAAGAUCUCUUGCUUAUAAAGUCGGAGAUGAUCACGCCCAAUCUCCGGACGAGCAAACGAUAAAUACUGUGCUUCCACCGUGCAAUAGCGACGCCUUCAAGGCAGCAGCAUUCGAGAUCAUGACACACCAAGCAGCGUGGAGCGAUGGCAAGGGCCGGAAUGUGGAAGUUCGGACGGUCACAACUCCCACUCCUGGACCUGGGGAGUUGUUGAUCAAAGUUGAAGUCAUUGCAUUCAGUCCAAUUGAGUCGAAGAUGCAGCGAUUCGAAACACAUCCUGUCAAGUAUCCAUACGUCUCUGGACUAUCAUUCGCAGGCAUCGUUGAAAGUAUGGGGACUGGAGUCGAUAAAUUCGCACCGGGAGAUCGCGUCACCACUCUUCGCCCCGAAUCAACUUUGGAAGACGCUCGUUGGGGUGGUUUCCAGCAAUUCGCAAUCGCUGCACCUGAGUCCACAGCCAAGCUGCCAAUAGGGGUGUCUCUCGAGGACGGCGCAGCAACAAUUAUGAAUCUGGCUUCCAUUUCAUCAGCCCUCUCACUGCAUGCCGACCUGAGACGCCCCAGCUUGGCUGAGCCGGCGCCGCCGAUUGAUGAGAAAGUGCUCAUCUACGGCGGCUCGAGUUCCUCCGGCGGGCUUGCGAUUUGCUAUGCAAAGGCCGCAGGCUACAAAGUCAUCACUACAUCAUCUCCUCGCAACCGGUCUCACGUUGGCUCCUUGAAGCCAGACCACAUUAUCGACCACACCCAGCCUCACGCGGAGAUCGUGUCGGAGAUCGCAUCCAACGGGCCCUAUAAGUGCAUUUUCGACGCCAUAGGACUGCCUCCAGUGACGAGCAUCAUGGUUGAGUACCUGAAGGGGAUUGGCGGGUGUCACUACCUCGCAUUCAUCCCGCCUCUUCCAGGCACCAUCCCCAUCCCUGCCAACAUUACCCGAGAAUUCGACUCGUUUGGCUGGACGUUGGAGAAAAAUGCGGAUUUUAAGAAGUGGUUCUAUGAGGAGUUGCUACCACGAGGUCUUGCAUCGGGGGUCAUCAAACCGACGCCGACUCGGUGGCUGGAAGGCGGGUUGGGGGGUGUUCAGGAGGCGUUGGAUUUGAUGGGGGAUGGGAAGGUAAGCGGGCAAAAAUUGGUUCUUAAUCCGUGGAGUUAGCUUAGGAGCCGUGAGUGAGAUAAAAUAAGUAAGCAGAUUGCAAGGUCUGGGAAACAUAACGCGCAG